AUGCAGGAUUUGGGUGAGCCUGAGUGCUACUACUUUGAGGAGUAUGAGGCUCCAAGGAUGAACCCCUCUGUUGUGGCUGCCCACAAGAGGAUUGGACUUCUCCAAAGGUUCAACAAGUGGCAAGGGAAAGCCAUGGAAAAGAUGCAAAAGUCCAUGGACAAGAUGGUGAGCAAGAUCAAACUUGGAGAAGAAAGUUUCUGGGCCUCAUCAUUUGAGCCAAGGGAAGGGGAAGACAACUCCAGAGAAGGAGGAAGAGCUCCAAGGUCAGGCUCCAACUCGACCACCGGACUUGAUCGAGUCCAAACAGAGGAAACUCAACUCGAUCGAGCUGGGGUCGAGUUGACCUGGAGGAGCCCCUGUUUGAGAACCCCGGGUUCGAGUACGAUUCAACGCAGUACCAGGACUUCUCUCAGACUCUUUGGACUCCCUACAACCGCUUUGAGCAAGCGCAGCUCCUCCAAGGCCAAGGAAGCCACACACAUUUCAACGAUGAAGAAGAGGAGGAAGAGGAGCCACAAGCUCGAUCGAGUGAGCCGAACCCAGUCGAGUGGAGCGUUCCUGAUGGCCGUCUACCAUCUCCAGACCACGACCUAG